CUGGUGCACACACUACACACACUGCACUACAUACAUACACUGGUUAUGGAGGCUGCCUAUGGAGCUUCCCCGUGCAGAGAAAUGCUGGCUUGGGUUUAAAAUGGGAUAUAAUUAACAUUUUUAGAGCAUUUGAGUUUUAAAAGUGUCUUCAGAGACUUGAUUUUUAAAAAGUCUUAUUAGGGGAUUUUAAACAACUGAUGUAAUAGCUUUUUUAAAAGGAAUCUUGGUGAAUUAAAAUAGCGAGUCUAAUUACUCGGAUUCUGAACUCCCUGUUUUUUAACCACAAAAAAGGUAUUUUUAAUUGCGCCCUCGUUUUUUUCCCCCACUGGAACCCUGAAACAAGUUGUUCCUGAACUUCUGCCAGUUGCGGAUGGGCCGUUUCUCGCUCACGUGUUGAGCUGCCAGGCGGGGCGUGCGCACACUGUGUUCUCUGCUGCGCGCCCGGUGGUCCCGGUGCGGGUCUCCUGGUCACCUGUGGGCCACUGGGAGGGACGCGCCCACACGCUCCGGCCGCGCCCUGGACAGCUGCGGGGCGGUGGGCCGCUCCAACACCAUGCGUCUUCUGCAGGCUGAGAUGCGUUUGCUCCUGCUCCUGCUGCUGCUGCUCGCUCCAGCGCCCGGGUCCUCGGCUCCCAAAGCGAGGCGGCAGAGUGACACCUGGGGACCUUGGGGCCAGUGGAGCCCCUGCAGCCGGACCUGUGGAGGGGGCAUCAGCUUCCAGGAGCGCUCCUGCUACUCCCAGAGGAGAGAUGGAGGCUCCAGCUGCGUGGGCCCCACCCGGAGCCACCGCUCUUGUCGCACGGAGAGCUGCCCCGACGGCGCCCGUGAUUUCCGGGCCGAGCAGUGCGCGGAGUUCGACGGCGUGGAGUUCCAGGGGCGGCGGUACCGGUGGCUGCCCUAUUACGGCGCCCCAAACAAGUGUGAACUGAACUGCAUUCCCAAGGGGGAGAACUUCUACUACAAGCACAGGGAGGCCGUGGUCGAUGGGACGCCCUGCGAGCCUGGCAAGAGGGACAUGUGUGUGGACGGCAGCUGCCGGGUUGUUGGCUGUGACCACCAGCUGGACUCGUCCAAGCAGGAGGACAAGUGUCUGCAGUGUGGGGGUGACGGCACGACCUGCUACCCCGUCACAGGCACCUUUGACGCUAAUGACCUCAGCCGAGGCUACAACCAGAUCCUCAUAGUUCCCAUGGGUGCCACCAGCAUCCUCAUCGAGGAGGCUGCUGCCAGCAGGAACUUUCUGGCCGUGAAGAAUGUUCAUGGGGAAUACUACCUCAAUGGGCAUUGGACCAUCGAGGCAGCCCGGGCCCUGCCGGCAGCCAGCACCAUCCUGCAUUAUGAGCGGGGUGCUGAGGGGGACCUUGCCCCCGAGCGGCUCCAUGCCCGGGGCCCCACCUCGGAGCCCCUGGUCAUUGAGCUCAUCAGCCAGGAGCCCAACCCCGGCGUGCACUACGAGUACCACCUGCCUCUGCGCCACCCCGGCCCCGGCUUCAGCUGGAACCAUGGCUCCUGGAGUGACUGCAGCGUGGAGUGUGGCGGAGGUCACCAGUCCCGCCUGGUGUUCUGCACCAUUGACCACGAGGCCUACCCAGACCACAUGUGCCAGCGCCAGCCACGGCCGGCUGACCGCCGCUCCUGCAACCUUCACCCUUGCCCGGAGACCAAGCGCUGGAAGUCAGGGCCGUGGGGGUCCUGCUCGGCCUCCUGCGGAGGAGGCUCCCAGUCCCGCCUGGUGUACUGCAUCUCAUCUGACGGGGCUGGCGUCCAGGAGGCGGUGGAGGAGGCUGAGUGUGCCGGGCUGCCUGGGAAGCCCCCUACCGUGCAGGCCUGCAACCUGCAGCGCUGCGCUGCCUGGAGCCCAGAGCCCUGGGGAGAGCAUGCUCCUUGGAAGACCGGCCACCUCUCACUGAGCCCUGUGUGCAUCAGGACUGCCCCCUCCUCAGUGACCAGGCCUGGCAUGUUGGCGCCUGGGGUCUAUGCUCCAAGAGCUGCAGCUCGGGCACUCGGAGGCGACAGGUUAUCUGCGCCAUUGGGCCGCCCAGCCACUGUGGGAGCCUGCAGCACUCCAAGCCUGUGGACGUGGAGCCUUGUAACACACAGCCCUGUCAUCUUCCCCAGGGUAAGGACAGGAGGCCAGGGAGGAGCCUGGCCCCACCUCUCUCUCCCUCGAUAUAUACCCAGCAAGCACGACCUGCCUCGGGGCUUCUGCCUGCACCAUGUCCUCCCUCUGGACCCUGCUUCCCCCACAUCUCCCCGCGCUGAAGCCUUUGCCAUCCUUAAGGCCUGCCUCGCGUGCAGCCCACCAGCCAGCCUUGCUUUCCUCCACCCAGCAGUAGCAUGCUCCCUGCCCCUCCGGCCCUCACUGUAUGCUGUCAUUUCUGUGGGACACUUAGAUUUGUUUCCUUGUGCUGCGCGUGGUGGCUCAUGCCUGUAAUCCCAGCAGUUUGGGAGGCUGAGGUGGGCAGAUCACCAGGUCG